AAUAGUUGCAACUCUAUUGUCUGCCUACUCUAGUAGCCUAGUACCUUGGCGGGAGCUUUUUAAUUCUAGAAUUCGAAUGAACAAAAAAUAACCUACAAUAUUGUAAAAUCGUUUAUUGUGUCAGUGAAUUUUGCAUUGGUUUGUUUUGACUAUUUUUUGAUUAUGGCUACGUGUGCUCCCAAUCCUGAGAGGAAACUUGUGGCAGAUAUCCACGAUUUUUACAGAACUCCAUUGAUCACUGAAAAAGAUCUGAAGAAUCCCACCAAAGCACAGAUUACCAAAUUCUAUAGUAUUGUACUAUCAGAGUUUGGAGUUGAUGUCACUCAAGUUGUGCAAACUCAAAUGAAGCAAGUAGACUAUUUGGGAGGGAACAUUGAGAUGUUUUCUGAACAUAUUCCGGCUCUGAACAUGGUUGAAGCAAUUAAAUGCCUUCAGAUACCUGGAUUCCAGGAUUUCUGUGUAAUGCAUCUCAUAAACCCAAUGCCAAAAUCGACCUUCAAAUACAUUCGUCUGAUGAUGAAUUUCCUGCUGUUUGCUGAUCAUUCGCUGGCGUCCCUUCGCCAGGUGUUUCGUCGCGUAGCUGAUGCCAGGAUAAAGCGGGACAACUUGCUUGAAGCGAGAAAUAAAUUCAAGGAAGACAUCAGUCAGAUAGCUAAGCAAAUAAAAGCCGAGGAGAGCAGGCCUUCCAAUAUUGAUUCUCAAAUAGGUAAAAGGAUUGCCUCCCUGAGUGAAUUGAACGAGGAAAAAGAGAAAUGGCAGGGACAGUGUGACAGGGUCAAGACAGAACUUACUAAGAUCACCGAAGUUCGUGACAAGCAAUACAAUGAAACGCAGAUGAUUGAAAAUGAUUUGAAAGAAUUUCAGAAGAGGCUAAAAGUUCACAAAAAUGUGCACAACACAUCAACUGGCUUUUCCCAGCAUUUGAGUUUGGAAACACUCAAAAUGAAAGCCAGUAAUUUGAAAGAGCAGAAAUCUGAAUUACAGCAGCAACUCACUACUCGUCAAGUAGAACUAGAUUUCAAAUUGAAAUUCCAGAGUGAAUAUCCUUUUUUGAAAUCAAAGCUUGAAGAAGUAGUUGAUCUUCUUCAACGAAAAAGGUUAGUAACAAACGAACAAGCGCAGUUGGCUCAGGAAUUGUCUACAAUCGAAGAUAAUGUGAAAUUGUUGGAGUCGCAAACAACCAAUUCCACUUAUGAACUUGAUAAGAGUGAAGAGCAUUUGAACGGUUUGCGACUGAAAUGGUCUUUGGAAGAAUCAUCAUUGAAGGAAGCUUUAAAUGAGAAUCAUUGUAAAAAAUUAUCUGUUCAUAAAAAAUAUAAUGAAUUGAUGGCAAAAAGAGUUGAACUGGACAACGAGUUGGAGUCUCUAGACAAAAAAAUAAAAGAAAAUGAAAACAAAUUCCAGGUUAUCAUAGACAAAUGCAAUGAAUACUAUGAAGCGGAUCGUUUAAAGCUCAAAGAGUACAAAAAGAAGGUAUUAUUAGAGAAACUAGAAUCUGGGAACCUUACGGCUGAAAACAUGAAGUCUUCCAUUUCUAAUCAGACUCAUGUUGACUAAAUUCAAGAAUAUAUUCAAGCAUUUUAAAUAAUUUCUUAUAAGUACGGUAGCUAUUAUUGUUGUCUUGCAAUCAACUGAAUUUAACAAUCAUUAACCAUUUCAUUCAUAAAUAUAAAUAAAUCACAAGUUGUUUGUUUAUUUUGUUCUUUUCUUAAAUAAAUAUAUUAUUAUAAAUAUU